GCCAGCACCCAUCUGAGCCGGGUUGCAAGUGACUCAGGCCUGGGAGCCAGCAGCACUGGGAGCCAAGGGUGGAGUGGGAGCCACAAGCAGGUAUAAGGGGUGGCCAGGGAGUCAGCCUCAUCCUUAACACGGAGAACAUGAGGCUCCUCUUCUGGUUCCUUCUGGCCGUGGUCUUGAGCAUGGAGCUGGCUGUAACCCAGGGCAUGCGGUGCCACCUGUGCAAGGGCUUUGGAGGCUGUUCCAAACCGUCCGACUGCCCAAGGAGCUCCACCCACUGUAUCAUCAUUGGCACCCGAUCUCCCAUCAGCUUUACAGACCUGCCUCUGGUGACGAAGAUGUGCUACAAUGGCUGCCCUGAGGUCUCCAAAUUGGGCUUGGGCCCUCAUGUGUCCCUCGUUUGCUGCCAGUCCAAUCUCUGCAACAAGGACUGACGACACUCCGUCACUACCAGCUGACCCCACAGAACCUGACCCUUGGAGGUUAUUCCAACCUGGUCAAAGCACCCCAACCCCGACUCAUACUUCCUCAGGAAGUUCUAAGUGAAGUCCUAUGCGAAUCCACGGUGGUACAGACUUAAGGUCCUAAUUCACUGUGGGCCGUCCUCAGUGUCAACAAAUCUCCCAAUAAAAAAGCAGCUGGAUCA